CCCUUGCACUUGCAGAGAGGCACCCAGGUGGUAACCGCAUUGGUCUGGAGCAAAAGGCCAUCCGGAAGCGCGGUAGAGAUGAUCUCCUUGAUUAGACCAUUAAGAUUUUUGCAAAGAAUUAUUAUUAUUAUAAUUUUAUUUUUUUUUUUUUUGCAAAAAUCGUGCAGGCCUAAUUAAAGACGUCAUCUCCACUAGCAGUCCUGAUGGCUUGUUGGAAUUGCAAAGGCAUUUUUCCGUGGGGGGUAGGAGGGAUAAACGCCUGCAUCCCCAACACGUGCGACUGCAGCAGCCCCUGGGCGCUCAGGGAGGCCCCGCCCCCGGCUGCGAACGCGCGGCGUUGCCAUGGCGACUCGCGCCGCCGGGGCGCGUUGCGACAGUUGGCGCGGCAGCGGCCUGCUUGACGGCUGCCCCGAGCAAACGGGCUGCUUGACGGCAGCGGCGGGGAUUGGUGGCGGCGUUGCCUGGAGCGGAUAUUCGAUAUGGCGACGUACAAAAUACCUUGUAUGAAACGUGCUGGGAAACCGCAAGGAAAUGGUGCAAAAAUUAAGUUUAUUUCCUAACUUCUGCUUUCCCCAGAGCCUGAUGGAGGGCCGUGGAGCCCGAAAGCUUGCCGAAAAGGACCGUUUUCUUGCGAUUUCCUGCUGGGUCUAAUACAAGGAAUGAUUUGGGGAACCAAGCGUUCUGGUUUUUUUGGUUGGGUGAGGUCUAUGGCUGUUCGGUUCCUGUGGAAAGCAGCUACAUUUGUACAGAGGCACAGGACAGCUGCGUUGGCCACCUCCUGCACAGGACUGUUAGUUGCUAAACUUUCACAUCAUAUCUUUCCUGAACAGACAUGCAAACUGUUGCAUCAAUUCUGGACCAAAGGGCAGUCGGUAGAGCUUUCAGAGAGGCUGCAAGACCUCUUCCAUGACGUUCUUAAAGAUGCUGGUGUGGCAUCUGCCCUUUGCUACCGCGCCUUUUUGGCUUCUGGCUUCCACCCCGUGAGCGCUGGGAUCUCAUGGCUGCCCUCGGGUUCAUUGGUGGGCAUCCCUGCAAACUUCAGCACAGCUGAGGACAGACAAGGAAUCAUCGACCACGUUGUCAUGAUAAACGACAAGGAAGUAGACUGGGAGAGUAAAGAAGGCCACGCUUUGAAGGAUGCCCUGACAUUUUCACUGGAGGCUCAGAAAUUUGCCAUCUCCAGAGAGGUUAUGUACUUGCAAAGCAACAGCCCCAUCAUUAAGGCAGCUGUGGCUCCCAUUUUCUUAGCUGGCACCUUUAUCUCAGCGGUGGCGAUAAAGCAACAUCUGGGCUUAUAUUCUAGCCCCUUGGCACUACGAGUCGUUUUUAACUUGAUUUUUGCCAUGAUUGGAUUUUUCUGCUACCAUUGUGCUUCUGAUUCAGUGAGCCGCUCUUUGGAUUACAGGGCGGACCGAAAGGCAGCUGCCAUUUCCAAAGACUAUGCCAGAGGUGGGGUGGAGUUUUAUGACAAAAUCCUGUCUCGCAACAGAAUUCUUCGUGCUCUAAUGGGCAAACAGGGGCAGCGCAUGUAUGCCCCCAGCGGUAAUCUUUUCCCCGGGAGCUUGUUCGGAUUAAAGCACACUCCGUACACCUCCAGAAGAGACUUGAUCGUUAAUAUUUUAAACAUGUCCCAAGAGUUGGAGAGGAGUGAUUGAAUUUUAAACUUGUUAAUUAUGUGCUCUCUUGAAAUGCUUCCAUGCUGUCUAUCCACUUCCUGCCCACCCUUUUGCAUCUUCAUUAGUGCUCUAAUUUUUCUUUUUGCGUGUGGUGUGGAAGUUGUUGUUACUCAUUCUGUGAAUAAAAUACUUCCCUUAAAAUAUUAAA